UGAGGAUUAAAACACUAUUCCUGCCAUAUUUUUUUUGGUGAUUUCUUUCGUCCGGCCGUCAGAAUGAUGUCCUACCUGAAGCAGCCGCCGUACACGGUGAACGGACUGAGUUUAUCUACCUCAGGAGCGGACCUGCUGCAUCCCUCAGUGGGAUACCACGGAACUCCUCGCAAACAGAGGCGAGAGAGGACGACCUUCACCCGGGCCCAGCUCGACGUGCUGGAGAAUCUGUUCAAUAAGACUCGGUACCCUGACAUCUUCAUGAGAGAGGAGGUGGCCUUAAAGAUCAACCUGCCCGAGUCCAGGGUGCAGGUUUGGUUCAAAAACCGGCGAGCCAAACACCGCCAACAGGCCCAGCAAACUCAGAGCGGAGUGCAGAACAAGGCGGUCAGCAAACCGGUGAAAAAGAAAAGCUCUCCGGUCCGAGAGGCCAGCUCCGAGAGCGGAGCCAGUGGCCAGUUCACGCCGCCCUCCAGCACCCCAAUCCCGGCUGUGAGCAGCAGCGCGGCGCCGGUGUCUAUCUGGAGCCCGGCCUCCAUCUCCCCGCUCUCAGACCCGCUGUCUACCUCUUCCUCCUCCUGCAUGCAGCGCUCAUACCCCAUGACCUACACCCAGGCGCCGGGCUACAACCAGGGCUACACGGCGUCCUCGUCCUACUUCACCGGCAUGGACUGCGGCUCCUACCUUUCGCCUAUGCACCACCAGUUAUCAGCCGCGGGCUCCGCCAUGAGCCCCAUGGGCAGCAACGGGGUUUCCGGCCACCUGAGCAACGCGUCCUCCCUCUCCUCGUCGGCGUACGGAGCGGCGGGGCUCGGCUUCAGCGGCGCCGCAGACUGCCUGGACUAUAAGGACCAAACUGCCUCCUCAUGGAAGCUCAAUUUCAACGCGGACUGUUUGGAUUACAAAGACCAGGCAGCGUGGAAAUUUCAAGUGUUGUGAGAACAUUUAAGGGACAGUUUUCACAGACUAAAUAAAAAACCCAAGGUUGGGAGCAGCAAGAGCGACUUUUUU